UGUUUUGGGUUUUUUGAAGAGGUCACAAAAAUUAGGACAGCCUGAAUAUGACAACAACGAUCUGGUGAAAUAAACGCCUUAACAUUAAUCAAGAUGUUUACAUGGCACAACAUGGCUAAGGUGAGAUCAGGACUGUUCCGUGCUUUACGACACCGACAUUAUUCUGUCCAAUCCACGGCGUCCAUUUCUCCAGAAUCCAUUAAUGUUAAACCAUUUCAUGAGAUUCCAGGGCCUAAAGGCAAAUAUACAAUUCCUUGGAUCGGAACAGUCCUGAUGACAAGAUCUAUGGGAUUAUACCCAAAAUUCAAGUUCGCAGAUUUUGCUACAAAACUACAAGAAACCUUUGGCGACCUCGUGAAGACAAGACUCAAGGACAAAUGGACGGUAUUCGUUUUCCACCCUGAUAUAGCAAAGGAGGUAAUGGACAUACGAAUGCCCCAUCCAUACAGACCACCGAUUGAUAUCUUAGCUGCGUAUAGCAGUAGAAAAAAUCACUGCCAGAGUUUGGCAACCAGGAAUGGCGAGGAAUGGGCAGCGCUGCGAAAACCCACUCAAGAACUUAUAACAAAACCAGCAGUUGUCGCGGAUUAUGUACACAUUCUAUCAGAUGUCGCAGAGGACUUUGUCGGAAAAUACAAAAAUGGCGGCAAAGUGGCAGACCUGAGAUCAACACUUGUAAAUUAUGCAACCGAGAGUGUCGGUAUGCUAUGUUUCAACAGAAGAUUGGGCUGUUUGUGUGAUGUUCCCAUUAUCGACAUCAAUCUUUUGGAGGAUAUGUUUGAAGCUAUCUUCAUAGAUUAUAAUUAUCAAGGAGUGAAACUAUAUAAAUAUUUUGAAACACCUUUUUACAAAAAAUUUGAGAGAGCAGCUGACCAUUUGUAUGGAAUUUGCCAUGCAGAGAUCAGGAUUGCGAUGGAGAAGCUAGAAGCUGCUAAAAGAGAGGGCAAAAUUGAAGAGUAUGUUGAUGGUCCGAAUUUACUUUACUCGAUGUUAACCCACCCAAGCAUGACACUAGAAUACACCGAGAGGUCUCUGAUGGAUCUUUUUGUGGCUGGAGUAGAGUCGACUGCAAAUACUUUAACAUUUCUGUGGUUUGAACUGGCAAAAAAUCCUGAAAAGCAGGAGAGACUUUAUGAGGAAAUUAUAUCUGUUUGUGGAGAUUCUGAUGUCACAAAGGAAGCUUUGACAAGAAUGUCGUACCUAAAAGCAUGUGUCCGAGAAAUAAUGAGGUUGUACAGGCCCACAAACUUGCACUUUCGCUAUUUGAAAAAUGAAGCUGUAAUUGGAGGAUACCGCAUUCCACCAGGGGAAGCUGUGUAUUUCCAACCCUUAUUCGCCCAUGUUCUUUGA